AUGGCACAUUAUUAUUGGUUUUGAACGUUUCUUUUAAAGCGACAAUUCAAUGACUAUCGUGUUGAAAGUGUUCCCUUGACACUUACGAAUUAUUGAAUAUUUUCUAAGGUUUCGUCGGAAUAAAAAAUGGUGUAAAUGACAAGUGUUCUAAAAAAGAUGGGCAGAAUUGUGAAAAUGGCCUAUCCUGGUGGUGGUUUAUAUGUUGUCGAGAGUGAGGUUUGCCUCUUGGUAACGGCUAUGAGACGAGGUGCUCGAUGGUCUUCUCACUCUCAUCAGGAUGACGAUCAAGAUACUCUUAUAAAAGGAUUAUUCAGUUUAAAAGAGGUGCUGAAUGAAGCAAAAGAUAUAUCUUGUUUAGAUCCAGGUGUUUUUUUGGCUCCAUUUUUAGAGAUUAUACGAUCAGAAGAAACAACUGGACCUGUUACAAGUCUUGCAUUGUCUGCUGUUAAUAAAAUGAUAUCUUAUAGUCUUAUAGAUUCAGAUCAUCCAGCAGUAGCCCAAUGCGUAGAAGCUAUUGCUGAUGCUGUUACGCAUGCAAGAUUUGUUGGGACUGAUGCAUCUGGAGAUGGAGUUGUUUUAAUGAGAAUUCUUCAAGUUUUAAGGGCUCUUAUGUUAUCACCAGCCGGUGAUUAUCUUUCAAACGAAAGUAUUUGUGAAAUUAUGCUCAGUUGUUUUAGGAUAUGUUUUGAAACACGACUUAGUGAAUUGUUAAGAAGGACAGCAGAGCAUUGUUUAAGAGAUAUGGUACAACAUCUUUUCACACGAUUACCUCAAUUUGUUGAUGAUACUAGAGUUUUAUUAAAUAUGAAAAAAAUGAGAACAAAUAGUAUAGAAAAUAAUCGAAGUAAGAAUAGAAGAAAUAAAAAUCAUGGUAAACAAAAGGCAAAACAGAAUAUAGAUAAUAUAGGAGAUAUUGAAGAUCCACUUCCAAAUCCAACUGAUAAAAUUAGGUCGAGUUGUUUGACGACGCCUGUUAAUUCGACAGGAAAUAUUGUUGAUAUGCAAGGUUCUUUAGAUCAAGGUAGCAUUGAAAAAACAGAGGAAGAAAAGAAUGAUAACAAAAAUCAUAACAAAAAAGAUUUAAAUGAUGUAAACGAAACUAUUAAGCAGGGAGAUAUAUUUGAUAUAAAAAAAGAGAAGGAAGAUAUAAAAGAUUUGAAAGAGUGUAAUAAGCAAAGUUGUAGUGAAACAGAGGAGAAAGGAAAUGUGAUUGAUGAAAAAGAAAUUUUAUCGAAAGAAGAUAAAAAUAUAGACAAUAUAGAAAUGGAUAAACACAAUGAAACUAAAUCGGUAAAUUUAUUAAAUGAAGGAAAUCAAGAGGACAUGAAGAAAUCGAUAAAUGAUAAAAAAAAUAUAGAUUCGAUAAAAUCUUUGGCAGGAAGUGUCGAAGAUUUAAUAUCAGUCGAUGAAAAUAUAAAUAAUGCAUACAAAACAUCUAAAACCAAAGAAUCUGAACAAAUCGAAGAAUAUAUAAAUGCCCAAGGAGUUCGUUUUAUGCCACAUCAACAAUUAGCACCUUAUGGUGCUUUGUGUGUCCGUGAAUUAUUUAGAUUUCUCGUAUCUUUGUGUAGUCCUCUCGAUAAACAAAAUAACGAAGUUAUGACACAUCUUGGGCUCAAUUUAUUGCAAGUAGCUUUAGAAAUUGCGGCUGACCAUCUUUCCAAUUUUCCGUCAUUACUGGCACUUGUGAAAGAUGAUCUUUGUAGAAACCUUAUUUUGCUUCUUGGCACAGAUCGAUUGUCGAUUCUUGCAGCGGAUUUGCAAGUAUCGUUCUUGCUAUUUGAAUCUCAAAGGCAGCAUUUGAAAUUCCAAAUGGAGCAUCAUAUAAACAAAUUAAUGGAAAUAGUAAGUUCAGAUUCGAAUAGGAUAUCAUAUGAUCAGCGUGAACUAGCUCUCGAAGCUAUUGUACGAUUAUGGAGAAUACCCGGUUUACCAGCAGAAUUAUAUUUGAACUAUGAUUGCGGCUUGUAUUCUUCUAAUUUAUACGAAGAAUUAAUGAAACUAUUGUCAAAGAAUGCUUCCGCAUUAAUGGGUAAUAUGCAAAAUAUGCAAUUUGUUUCUUUGGAUGCUAUAUUCACGUUGAUUUCUGGAAUGGAAAUCAGAUGUAAAGGCUACAAAGAUUUGUGUAAACCAUCUCGACAUGAUGCAUCACCAAAUCUUCCAACACGAGAGGAAUUGCUUAGUAUAAAAGCAAAUAAACGGUGGUUGAUGCUUGGUACAGAAAAAUUCAAUGAAAAUCCACGAGAAGGAAUUGCUAAACUUACGGAACAUAAUCUUUUGGGUGGAAGUCCGGGAAAUCCCGAUCCAGAGAAAGUAGCUAAAUUUUUGAAGGAAAAUCCUGGUCUUGAUAAAAAAGCUAUUGGGGAAUACAUUAGCAAAAAGGAAAAUAAAAAUGUUUUAAAUUGUUUCGUUCAUAGUUUUGAUUUGAAGGAUAUGCGAAUCGAUCAAGCUUUACGACUUUAUUUAGAAUCUUUCAGACUUCCUGGCGAAGCGCCACUUAUUUCUUUGUUGCUCGAAAAAUUUGCCGAACAUUGGCACGACAGUAAUGGAAGGCCGUUUGCAUCGGCAGAUGCUGCAUUUACUUUAGCAUAUGCUGUAAUUAUGUUGAAUGUUGAUCAGCAUAAUUACAAUGUGAAAAGACAAAAUAAUCCCAUGACGGCUGAUGAAUUUAAAAGAAAUUUAAAAAAAGUGAAUGGCGGUACUGACUUUGAUCAAGGAAUGCUUGACGAAAUAUAUGCCUCUAUUAAGGGCGAAGAAAUUGUGAUGCCUGCCGAACAAACCGGUUUGGUGAAAGAUAAUUAUUUAUGGAAGGUAUUAUUACGUAGAGGUAUUGGACUUGAAAGUUUGUAUCUAAGGAUUGGAAAUUCUGGUGAAUUCGUGGAUAAGGAGUUAGCUGAACGGGCAUGGGGCCCUAUUAUAAGCGCGCUUUGCAGGGCAUAUGAUAAAGCGCCCGAUAGAUCGUUGCAACGUCGAGUCGCCGAAGCUUUCCAUCGUUGCGCUUCUAUCAGUGCUCAUUAUGGGAUGAGCAGCGAUUUGGAUACUCUUGUAGUGAGCUUGUGUAAAUUCACGGGUCUUGCGACCGGUGGUGAAUCCGAACAAGUGGUUUUACAGCUUGGCGGAAGUAACAAGUGUCAGUUAGCUGCGCGUACUCUUUUCAAAAUUACUCACAUAUAUGGAGAUGCGAUAAGAGGCUCGUGGAAAAAUAUCAUCGAUUGUUUGCAAUCGUUAUACAAGGCAAGAUUAUUGCCGAAAAGUCUGACCGAAGGAGAAGAUUUUAUCGAUCCAUCCGGAAGGAUAUCGUUACUUCGAGAACCAACUACACCGAAACCAGCUCCGGUAGAUCAGGGAAUAUUAUCCAGUUUAUAUUCUUAUAUAGCUUUGGAUACUUCACGCAUGUCUCAUCCAGCCGAAACAACCGCAAGAAAAAGAGCUACGGAAUUUAUUGGUAAUUGUUAUCUUAAACAAAUCAUCGAGGAAAGUAAGUUCUUGCAGGUUGAAUCACUUCGAUCUUUUGUCGGUGCUUUGGUAUAUCCAAACUCUCACGAUGAAGAUGUAUCAGUGUUUCUGUUGGAACUUUUGUUGGAAGUAACUAUUCAAAAUCGUGACAGAGUAACUUGUAUUUGGCCGAUAGUACAGGGCCAUCUAGACGGAUUAUUGACAAUUGCCGCGCGUGAAAAUCAUCCAUAUCUUUUGGAGCGAGUUGCUGUUGGAAUGUUGAGAUUAGCAAUUAGACUGUUACGGGGAGAAGAAUACGCGUGUACCGUUUUGCCGCCUUUGUUACCUUUAACUCAUCUUCCUUCCGCUACAAGCACACCACUUGCGAGACAGAUCGCUUACGGUUUGUUCGAGUUGCUUAAAACAGGCGCAGCUAAUAUUCAUAGCACGGAAGAUUGGAAAGUAGUAUUCAGUUUGUUGGAGUGUGCGGGUGCUGGAGCAUUAAUGCCGAAACAAUCGAACACCGUAUUGGACGAAGCGACCAAUUCUAGAACAUCGAUGUUGGAUCCUAGACCGAUCAGUCCUAUACCCGAAUGGGUACUCGUGUCUCCAACAGGGACAGAAGCACCGUUACCUGUUGCCGCUGACACGAUUGUAUUAGAUCGUGAUUUACAACCUCACGAUCCUGCUGCCCUCGUUAAAUGUUGCGAAAGUUUGACAUUCCUAGUCAGAGACGUGGCUCAUGUAACUCCAUUUAACUUUGAAUUAUGUAUACGUUGCGUGAGAACAUUUGCCGAAGCAGUUCUUCAAUGUACAGGAAAAAGGAACAAAAUGCUCAAUAUUCAGGAGGAAGUUGGUGUUGCUACCACUUAUCAACAAAGUCCCAUACAAUUGUUAGAUUUAAUGCAUACGCUUCACACUAGAAUCGCUCAAGUAUUUCGAUGGUGGGCCGAAGAGGGUAAUGCUACGGAAAAUUCUUUAUGGCUACAGGUAUGGAGACCUUUGUUACAAGGAAUUGCAAGAUUGUGUUGCGAUGCUCGUAGACAGGUACGCACAGCAGCUAUAACGUAUCUUCAAAGUACUCUGCUCGCUCACGAUUUGGCACAAUUAUCGGCGAUCGAGUGGUCUCAAUGUUUGGAACAAGUUUUGUUCCCUCUGUUGGCUCAAUUACUCGGUCCGAUAGCUUCGAACGAUCCUAUCGGCGUGGAAGAGACAAGGGUCAGGGCAGCCAUGUUAUUAUCCAAGGUAUUUCUUCAUCAUUUGAAUCCAUUACUGACUCUACCUGGAUUUUUACCACUCUGGCUAACAGUGUUGAGCUUACUUCGUGCUUAUAUGCACGCGGAUAAUAGCGAGCUUCUCUUCGAAGCCAUACCGGAAUCAUUGAAAAACAUGUUAUUGGUUAUGUCUUCUGCCAACGUGUUAGCUCCGACAUCAAAUUUAUGGGCCCCGACUUGGAGAACGAUAGAUGCAUUUCUACCCAAUCUGAAAGCGGAAUUAUUUCCAGAACCACCGAUUGUUGUUCCGUUACCAUGCUCGCCUCAAUCGAUACAAUCGCAACAAAAUUCGCAAGUGAUCAGUUUGAUAGAGCAACGACAGCCCUCUUUCUCGGGAUCCCUGGCUUUAUCUCAGCCAAAAUCUACAUCGAUCGAUAAUUUGAUUAUUAACGAUACCGGGGAAAAUUGCCAGAAUCGAAACGAAUCUCAUCCACAUUCGCAAUCCUUCCUCACUGCGGAAUAUUCGGCUAUAAAUCCAAAGGCAAGAUCGAUAUCGAUAAUUUCGACUCCUGCCGAUAUCGUUUCAUCGUUCGAUGAGAGUAAAGAAUCGCAACAGGUGAUUACUUUGGUCGAUCAUCAAGUCCCAAAUAUAUCGAGUACGGAGAUUGCGGAAGUAUCAACCGCGCAAGAAUCUAUCGAUAUUUCUCGUUGUAACAUUGAUCAUCGAUCUUCACCAAUGAUCACUGAAUUUAAAGAACAACAUCAAGAGGAAAUGCCAGUAAUAUCGGAGCUAUUAUCAUCGACAAUAACGAAACUAUCGAACGAGGAAAGAUCUGAUCGAUCGUUAAAAUCGAUUAUUAUUAAUGGAGAUGAAACGAAGCAAGUUACAAAAAUGAAACUAUACGAAGAACAGAGACAAUGUCAACAAACCUUGUUACGAUCCGAACAAUAUUUAUCGGAUACACAAGGAAUGGAACGUACUGAAACAUUAAAUUCUUCUUCUCGCUCGGAUGCAUAUCAGGUAGAAAUUAAUAUCUUUCAUUUUACAAAAAUAACGUAAUUUAUUCUUUCGGUU